AUGCCUCUCACUACCUUCAGGGCACCAACUCAGACCCUGCAUACGACACCCCACAACCAACAACGACAAUCACAACAAAAGGAUACAACAUACACACCGCUCACGCCUUCGACGCCUCUUUCUGCUUGCCCGCACCUCUCUUGCCCGCACCUCCGGUUCUCAUUCUGCUCAACGUCACACACGUACAAAGCGACUGCAGAUCAUCCACCACCCACUAUGAAUCCAUUAGCGGAGCCUGGCUCCUCGAUCGCUUGCCAGUGGCACCCCCGAUCGCCACCAACAUCGCCACGUUUCCUUAGCGAUUCCUACCCAAAACAUACGCAACCCACCCACGCUUGUGGAUCCUGUUUCUUGUGGUCUACCAUCCAUAUUGGCCCCGCAUUCUUUUUUUCCGAUAUCACGGAAAAAACCAAAAGGCACAGCUCUUCCCCCCGGCAAUACUAUUCAUCCGCCUUUGCAUCUUCACGUCAACUGCUGUCCUCCGUGGCUCAGCCCCAUAUUAUUAUUUGGCUACAUUCAACAUGUGAACCAUGCCUGGGCCACGUCCUUCUCGCAGCUCCACGUCUCCGCAUUGCCCAUUUUCAACCCCACGGAAAAUUAUUCUGGGCACGCUGGGCGUGCUCGAAAAAUCCGGGCCAGUCCACCUCACCUGUGGGUUCGCCAUCGAUUGGUAUGUUCCUCCCAUUGUGCUUCGAGCGGAGGCUCGUGUAUGAUGAGGGCACAAACCAGGCAAACUGCAGUGUGCUCUGA